AUGGCUGGAUCGACUGAACACAAAGCGUCAUCUGAUGUCUACGGCCUCACACGAGACGCAGUCGAGUCGUCAAGAUUGGACGCGCAACACAAUAUAUGGAAAACGAACAUCGGAUACCUGUUGCACCCUCGCAUUCAGUCGCAUCUCGCAGAGCAUCCAUGCAUCGGCGAUAUAGGGACCGGGACAGGCGUCUGGCUCAUCGAUCUGGCCGCCGAGAUGGCGGUCAAUGGCAGAGCAGCGUNNAAUAGAUACGAAGGUCUGGAUAUCAGUUCGGCGCAGUUCCCGCAGAGUCCGCCUGGUGGGGUAGUCUUUUCGACAUUCAAUCUACUUGAGCCGGCGCCAAAGCAUAUGCAGGCAACCUUCGACGUCAUCCAUCUGCGCCUUCUGGUCCUCGGUCUUCCUCAAAACACUUGGAAAUUAGCAUGCGAAAACAUACUCGGCCUACUAAAACCUGGUGGAUGGGUGCAAUGGGAAGAGGCUGACCUUGCGUGCGAACCCCAUGAAUCGAUCGCCGUCACAAGACACGUGCUGACUGAAACUCAUAGUUGCCUGAAAGUGGUCCAGAACAUGCCUGGUGUCAGCAUUAACGCAGCGCAGCGGAUACAGAAGCGGAUCUAUCGAGAAGGUUUGAAGCACGGACAAGCCUUCGAGGACGUACAGAACCUUGCUUCGACCAUGUCUAGCGUUGGUUUCGAGGACGUCUCUGGAGAUGUCUUCAGCUCUGAUCGUGUGGCCAGCACCAGAGACGGGUUCAACAACACUAUCCUCGGUGCGCUCGCUGGUAUGAUGAAGAUGUUUUCCAAAGCAGAUGGUGAAGCAGGCUUUUGGCAUUCCGAAGCAGCUGCUCAGCUGCACGGUGAUGCGACUUCGGAAUUAGCAAACGGGAAAGCAUACUACCGAGCGGAGAUAAACGUUGUCUAUGCA